CAGCCUCUGCGGCUGGCGUUCUGUCACCCUAGCAACCGGCCCUGAACUAGACGGCUCGAGAAGCCGCGCACGGUUCCGUCACAUCCCGCACAGAGACUGGCGCUGGUCGGCCAGCGGGGGGCGGUGCGUGUGGCACUUUAGAAAAGUCACUUACAAGAAUAUAUGGAAUUCGUAGUGAUAUCGAAACAGUUUCUGUGAAAAUUUGGCUAAUUACAGAAUUAUGGUUCGACUAACUGUGGAUCUAGUUGCUAAAAGCAUCAAUCAAAAAAACCGUAAAGAAGAAUCCCUGGCACAGUACCUGAGAAAGAUAACUCACCUGAACUUAUCAGAUAAAAAUAUUGAUACAAUUGAUGACCUCUCUUUGUGCAGAAAUCUUAAUGUCCUGUAUUUGUAUGAUAACCAAAUUAGACAAAUCCAUAACUUGUGCUUUGCUUCAAAUCUAACACACCUGUACCUGCAAAACAAUUGUAUUUCAUGUAUAGAGAACCUCACAUCACUGAAAAAACUUGAGAAACUGUAUCUGGGGGGCAAUUACAUCACGGUAGUAGAGGGCUUGGAAACAUUAGAAGAACUGAGAGAACUACAUGUUGAAAGCCAGCGGCUUCCUCUUGGAGAAAAGCUCUUGUUUGAUCCAAGAACUCUUCAUUCCCUGGCGAAAUCUUUGUCAGUGUUGAAUAUCAGCAAUAAUAAUAUAGAUGAACUGGGAGAAUUAGCACUUCUGGAAAAUAUUUCUCAUCUUAUAGCAGUUGACAACCAACUUCACCAUGUGAAGGAUUUGGAGUUUGUAUUGAACAAAUGGACCAAGCUGUGCAGAAUGGAUCUUAAAGGGAAUCCUGUUUGCCGCAAACCAAAAUACAGGGACAGGCUUAUUAUACAGUCAAAAACUCUAGAAUCUCUUGAUGGGAAAGAAAUAAAAGAAAUGGAAAGACAAUUCCUAAUGAAUUGGAAAGCAUCCAAAGCCUCUAGGAAAAAAAGCAAGGAAGAGAGCAUGACAAAUGAGUAUGCAGCUUAUCCACAUUUCUAUGACUUUGGAACAGGCCAUCCCAUUGUUCCUGUUUAUUACAAUCCUUCUGGAAAAGGAAAACCAAAAUUUGUUAUUUUAUCUGAGCUACAUAGGUCUCCACAUAACAGAGAAGAACCUCUGCAAAGACCCCAGGAAGGAAGUAAUGUUAAUGUUAGCAAAAGAAUCAGGCAGGGCCCAAGCACAUUGACAGCAGUAUGCUCUUUUGGUGCCCCCACAAGAUACUGGACUGAUUCCAUGACAAAACUCUUUGGCCAAAAAUGGAAAGAAUGUGCUUGCAACAAAAUGGAAUGGUGUGGUGUCGACUUGCGUUCAGUGGAGGAAUGGACGAGGACAAGCCGGACAAAGAUUACCUGGACAAGUUUCAGUCAUCUGCUUAGAAAACACACCUUUAAGCAAUGUGAUCCUAAAAUAAUUAAGUUCCACGUGCUGAUGCAGGACAAGAGAUUCAUUUUUUGUCUCACAGCCCAGAAGGGCUAGUUUUGGAAGCAUCUCAAAACUGAGAGGGUUUCCGGAAUUUGGGAACUCGUCCCUCAUCAGCCAUCCAAUCAGCUUUGAUUCUGCCCCCUACAGCUACAGACAGAUGACAACCCCACACUGAGGAUCUGUGUGCCUGUCCCUUUGAAGAAGGGAAAAUUUCCAAGUAAGCAACCACAGAUUCUCCUAUUGCAACACCUCACUCAUGUAUCUGCCCUCUCGCUCUUUUAAGAAAACUGCAGUAUCUCAUCGAAACAAUAGUUUUGUGCCAAGAUUGCUACUAACCUUGCAAAUACAAAGACCAUUCCAUUUUGGGUGCUAUGCAUAGGCAGAUGGAAUUUAAUACUUAAUCACUGACUUGAUGCAAAUCCUGAUCACCUUACUCACAUUCAAUUGAAGCCAAUGAGUCAUGUGAAUAAGAUGAGGAUUUGUCCACAUUUUAAAAUAAAAUAUUUAAUAAAAGAAUAUAAACAAGAAAAAGAUAAACCAGAAGAAUUUACCUUCUCAGAACUAUGCUGAGGAAUUAUAUAAUCAGAAGUCCACAUGUAUUCCAUUAUUAGACCCAAGGGCUUGGGUCAUGGGCAAGUCAUCCCCAUGCAGAAAGUGAGCAUACUGAACAAAUAUAUUUAUUGUUUAAUUGAAAUUCAGUAUCAGAUCAAACUCAAUCAAUGAAC